CGAUGGAGCAGCGGCGCGGGAGGUGAUCCCCUCUCCCUCCCAGCCACUCCCACCGACGAGCUCUGUGCUCUCACUCGCCCGUUUAGCUUGAGUUGCUUCAGAUGCUGCAGCUACCGUAGUCGCUCUAUCUCCCCAUAACAGCAGUCAUGGCGACAGAGGUCCAACCGCUCACUCUGGAUCGAGAUGUAGCCAGGGCGAUUGAGCUGCUGGAGAAGCUACAGGAGUCCGGAGACGUCCCGGGUCACAAGCUGCAGUCCCUGAAGUUGGUGUUGCAGAGUGAGUUCUGCACAGCCAUUAGAGAGGUGUACCAGUACAUGCAUGAAACAAUCACAGUCAAUGGGUGUCUGGAGUACCAGGCACGGGCUACAGCGAAGGCCACAGUUGCAGCCUUUGCGGCCAGCGAGGGUCACUCUCACCCCCGAGUGGUGGAGCUGCCCAAGACGGAGGAGGGGCUGGGCUUCAAUGUGAUGGGUGGCAAGGAGCAGAACUCUCCCAUCUAUAUCUCCCGCAUCAUUCCAGGGGGCUUGGCUGAGAGGCAUGGGGGACUGAAGCGAGGGGACCAGCUCCUGUCUGUCAAUGGCGUGAGUGUGGAGGGGGAGCACCACGAGAAGGCGGUGGAGCUUCUGAAGGCUGCCAAGGACAGUGUGAAGCUGGUGGUACGCUACACCCCCAAAGUCCUUGAAGAGAUGGAGGCGCGCUUUGAGAAGCUCCGCACGGCCCGCCGCCGCCAGCAGCAGCAGCUCCUCAUGCAGGCUCAGCAGCAGCAGAACCUCACUACCCAGCAGAACCAUAUGUCGCUGUUCCAAAAGAAGAAGAAGUGAGGGACACUGAAAGGAAGGUUCUGAGUCCAUCUCUAUGUGCUGAGGAUCCCGAAGGAACCACCUGGUAGAGGAGAAUAUGAUACUGUUAAGCAGUGAAGACUCUCUCUCCCCCUUCAAUGUACUACCAACAGAAUGAAGCAAAACUGAAAGAUAUGUGUUCUGAAAUGUAAACAACGGUGCUUGUGACAUGAGAGAUUGGAGGCUAGCACUGAAACCCAUAUUUUGUUUGUGUUCAUUUGAAGUUGUCCUCUAACAGUUGAAAGUUGUAAUCCUCCACAAUGCUCCUUGUCAUUUGUGAUAGUUUACUUCUUUUUGUUAUCUGUUUUGAAUUCAUUUCACUUGUUUCCUGACUUUGGUUUUGCUAUAGCUUUGAACAAUGAUAUUUCUAUGGUUUCUUCUAUACUGUACUUGUCCGUGUGUGAAUGAACAUUGCUUUUUUUGUCUCAAACUUGUCCUGCUUUGGAUAAAUGUAAACUCUUUUUUUUUAACCUUAUACAUAUUGCAGCGAGAAAAUAUUUUGUAUGGAAACUUGUAGAUUUAGCAAUAACAGACUUUCGUUGGUUUUACAUUUCACAUAAGAGUAACGAUUAGAGAUAUACAGUAUGUGGGAAAGAUACAAAAGUUAACAAUGUAAUACUAGGUCAACUGUAUCUUAUGCACUGUGUGUCAUAAGGCAGCUCCUGACAUUAAAAUCAAACGGCUGUUAAAAGAGAGGUAUGUAAAGUGGAUGAAUACACAGAGAUAAUUGUAUUCAUACAAUUGAAUACAAGUACAAUUAUCGUGAAAUUUCAUAUCUUGACUUUCAGCUCUCAAGUCAGCCGUUUAAUGAUUGUUAGUCAUCUUCUCCCAUCAAAAGAAUAUAUACAGAGAGUAUAUAGAGUAAUCAUAUGAAAUCAAAACUACAUAUAUCAAUAUAAUUUCAUUUAUAUGAGGAAUGUCAAACACAUUUAUAUGUAUAUUAAUGACCUGGCGGGUUAUUCAAAUGGUACAAUUGUCUUUAUUUUUUAAACCAAUCUAUUUUAUUGUUUACAAUCUGAGUUUUGCAUAGUCAUUUCAUUAAGGUAUGUGUGUGUUUGUUAACAUGCAGAUGAUUAUUUAAAAUAUUGAAUUGUACAAGACCUAUAGCCCAGUGUAUAAUUCGUACCAGAAUAGUAUGGUUAAUGGACUCAUUCUCCUGGAUCUGCGUCGUCACCUUUACAUUUUGACAAUCAUUGUGAGUAAGAGACUGUGGAAUGUUCUAGUCGUCUUAUCACUAAGGGACCUCUGUUUUAAACUCUCUCCUUCAACCCUCUACCUAUCGUCUGACGUAGUAUUCUCAUAGCAAGUAACCAUAUCUAAGUAUAACAAGUUGCACUGUGGAUUCAUUGAAAGCUAUUAGAAAACCAGUCGAUGAUCAACACUGUUUCAAAAGUGGUCUUGUAUCUGUAGUACUGUCAGACAAACAAUACAUUGGAUGGUUUUCCUAGUAGCAAACUCUAGUAUGUAUGUUCUAUAUAGGCCGAGUUCCUUUGUGGGUGGGUAUUGAAGUAGUGCAAGAUCAUUUAACAUCCAUACUGUGUACAAUGUGCCAUCCUGAUAGUCCAACCAGAUUGGGCUGUGAACGUGUUUAGUCCCUCAACUUUUGAGCAGUUCAUCUUUAGCCUCUGACAGAUCCUUUUUGUACAUUUACUUAUUCUCUUUCUUAUUGCCGACUUGCAUUUUUUAGGCUGGACGUACUGUACUUCCUGACUGGACGUACUGUACUUCCUGAUUCAACGUACUGUACUUCCUGAUUCGACGUACUGUACUUCCUGAUUCAACGUACUGUACUUCCUGACUGGACGUACUGUACUUCCUGAUUAUACAGAAAAAAAAGACAACACCAGGUGAUAUGCAAUUGUUAUACAUAUUAUAUUUGUAUAAAUAAAUAUAUGUGCGUGUGUACAUUGAUGACUU